ACUUGCUCUUCACUAGCUAUCUUACUUGGACUGGAAAUAGCAUCGAUCUGGCAACAUCGCCAGUUGAUGCAACACAUUUGAGCCAUUUGUUUUGAACACUAAAUUCCUUGAAAAUCUCGACCCACCUUGCAUUGCCUAGAUAUCAGGCAGAAACUAUACUAAGUUAUUAGUUCGUAAAAACAUCUGUUACCGGUUUAAUUGUUUGGAAAUCCACCCAAAAAGUAGCCAAUGAAAUCCCACAAGUGAUUCGCAUCGAAACCAACAGUCGCGUGCGUGAUUCCCACUAUAUCGGUCGUUAUAUAUCCGCCAUAUAAUCGGGCCAAUAUGAGUCGGACGCUCAAGGAGUACACCAAGUUUAAGUACUACAUGGAUAAGUGCUACGUGCUGCCGCUGGAUCUGAAAAAUGAUAUUAUCUACUGCCAGCGUGCGUUGCGCGACUUCCUCAAGGUCCACGGGUUGGUCUCGGACGUCUUCAGGGAACAGGCGGAUGCGGAUCCCGUACAGAUGCGCCGCAUCUUGGACGAACUGGAGGAGGAGGUGUACGAGAUCAACGCCGAACAGCAGUUCCUGCUGAUGCGCUUGAACGAUGACCUGGAAGGAUUCUGCAUGAAGCUGAAGGAGAACAACAUCGCUGUAUUGCCGGAAUUAGCCAACGAGUUCGUUUCCAGCCAGGUAGUGCCGUUGAUUGCCGAUGCAAACUAUAAAAUCCAUCCGAAGUCGGUGAUGUGUCGGGACAACGAGGAGAUGCUCAUUCGCAAGCAUUUCCUCUUGAGCCAGGACGAUGAAGCUGGUGUGCCGCCGCUGAAACUCAGCGAACUGGACGAGAAUAUAUCCCUGGUGUUGGCUCAGCCAGUAAAGGGAUUAGGUCAGCAGAUCGCAGCUGUUAAUCCCCAGGCCCAGUGGCCCCAAUCAGAGGAGGCACCAGCAUCAGUGCCACCCUCACUUCAACCCCAGUCGGAGAUGAUGAAACGUUCGCUGGAUUCGACGUCGCUUAAGCGUAAGAAUAUCACCUCCACUUCACCACCACCCUUGGCGCCCAUAACACAAAAAGUAGUGGCUCCAUCGACAGUACCAGCACAGCCGCCGCAACCACCAAAUAAUCCUCCAAUAGACUUCGAGGUUGUGGCCCAGAGCCGGAAGAACUUGCAUCAGGCCUUAAAGAGGGCCAGAAAGACCAAGCAGCAGCCUCGCUUGUUCGACGAGGAGGAAGAUAUAGAGAUCACUAGUCUGGAAAACAAUCGGAAAAACAAGACCAGCGAGCCAAGGAAGAUACCGUCACCGCUGGAGAUCACAAACGCUGCCGCCAACCAGGCACCCAAUGCCUUAACCAAGAAAUCCACGCCACAAAUUCCACCUCAGAUACCAGUGAAGAACAAUUCGGCUAAGACCAAAAACACUCGCAGGAAAUCCUCACCGACGCUCACAUCAAACUCUCAGCCGCAGCCGCAGCCAGCGGUAUCUCCGUCCGGCAGCUCCGAUGAUUCCAAUGCGGAGCUGCAGCAGGAGCAGCAAAGGCUUUUUGCAUCUGCCGCUCAGUGGCGCGAUGAACCGCGCGAGAUUCGUACCUUGCCGAUGGAUUACGGCCAGGAGUCGUUCCUUGGCCUCUUUGGCCUAUACACGCCAGAGGUGCUUAAGAAGCUUAAUCAACGCCACUCCAAGCGGAAGCGUCGCACCGUUCAGAAUGCCAGCGGUGUGGAUUUCCACUAUGGCCAGCAAUUAAAUGCAAUGGAAACAUUGGUCUUGGGUACUCGCGGUCACAAGAAGGUCAAGGAUAAACCGGAAUUCCUACUAUCGCCGAAGGAGAAGCGGUUGCAAGCUAACUCAAAGAGGGCUUACACACGUAAAAGCAAAUCGCCGGACAAGAUCACAGAGAAGAACUCUAGCGGCGGUGGAGGAGGAGCAGGAUCUGUAGUAUCAUCUUGUCAGCAUGGCGAGGGCGGGGCCUCCAAGUGUCGAAAAUGCCGCGAGUGCAGAGAGUGCAAACGGCGUGUUGAACCCGAAGCGAUGUACUGCCAUUUUUGCAGUGGCCUUUAUCACAUGGACUGCCACGAGGCCACCAAAAAUCGCCAGCAAAUGCAGCUCCAGAAUUCUCGGUGCCCGCCGUGCUUCCGCGAGCACAUGGAGAAGUUGCGUGAUACCAAGUGAACUGGAUAUUUGAUACUUUCUAAAAUGUUUUUUCUUCUGUUUUUCAAAGUGGAACCACAAGUUGUUGUAUAAAUUAGUUGCCACCUCAGUCCAAUGGACAUGGGCAUUUAUAAGACGCCUCCCUUCGUUCAAAAUUUAGCUAAGCCGAAAGUUCUUAAAUUGUCAUUCGAAUUUAACCGUUUUUUUUUUCUUUUUUUUUGAGCUCGCUCUUGAUUUUAAGAUUUCUUUUACAGUUUUGCUUUAAUCAAGUUAAGUUUGUAUGUAGCAAUGUGCAUACGUAAGAGAUAUUAAAAAUAAAUAAAUACAAAAAUAGCCAGCAAACCCAGCUCCAGAAUUCUCGAUGCCCGCUGUGGAAAAGUUGCGUGAUACCAAGUGAACUGGAUAUUUGAUACUAAGUUUUUUUUUCUGUUUUUCAAAAUGAAACCACAAAUUGUUAUAUAAAUAACGUGCCUUCUCAGUUGAAUGGACAUGGGCAUUUAUAAGACCUCUGCCUUCGUUCAAAAUUUAGCUAAAUCGAAAGUUCUUAAUUUGUCAUUCGAGUUUAAACGUUUUUCUUUUUUUGAGCCAAGAGCGAGGGAUAAAAUUGAUUAAAAGUUUUCUUCUACAUUUUCGCAUUAUUCAAGUUAAGUUUGUAUGUAGCAAUGUGCAUACGUAAAAGUGAUUCAAAUAAAUAUAUGAAUAUUA